CUCAGCGCAACCACGGCCGCAGCCAUGAAGUGCCUCCCGCUCGCCCUGGGCCUGGCCCUCGUGUGUGGCAUCCAGGCCAUCGUCGUCCCCCAGACCAUGGAGAACCCGGACCUCCAGAAGGUGGCUGGGACGUGGCACUCCAUGGCCAUAGCGGCCAGUGACAUCUCCCUCCUGGACGCCGAGACCGCCCCCCUGAGAGUGUACGUCCAGGAGCUGAGACCCACCCCCGAGGGCAACCUGGAGAUCGUUCUGCGCAAAUGGGAAGACAACGGGUGUGUUGAGAAGAAAGUCUUUGCAGAGAAAACCGAGCAUGCAGCCAAGUUCAACAUCAACUAUCUGGAGGAGAACGAGGUCUUCGUGCUCGACACGGACUACGAGAACUACCUGUUCUUCUGCGUGGAGAACACGGACGCCCCCGAGCAGAGACUGAUGUGCCAGUACCUGGCCAGGACCCUGAAGGUCGACACCGAGGUCAUGGAGAAAUUCAACAGAGCCCUCGAGACUCUGCCCGUGCACAUCCGGCUCUUCUUCAACCCGAUGCAGGCGGAAGAGCAGUGCCGCGUCUAGGAGAAACCAGACCCUGCCCACCCACCCCAGAAGGCAGAAGUUUCCUUGUCCUUUCGAAGAAGAAGCCUGCCACCCGGUCCGUUCCCCUUCCUCCUUCCUGGGUCUGUGUGCUCAGGCUGGGAGCCUGCUCUCUGAGGAUUCUAAAUAAAGCCACAUGACCUC